ACUUUGAAUAAUUUUACCUAAGAAUAGUAAAAAAUUGUAAAAAUGUCUUGUAACUAUGCAGAGGGGUUGUCACCCUACGAACAUAAAGGUGUUCUCGGUAUUCCUGAAAAAUUUGAAGCUAUCGAAAAAUUAAACGAGAAAUGUGAAAUGUUAGCUCGAAUGAUUUCGGAAAGUAAACACAUUGUUGUACAUACAGGUGCUGGAAUUAGCACGUCGGCAGGAAUACCCGAUUUUAGAGGACCUAAUGGUGUUUGGACACUAGAAAAAGAAGGAAAACGUCCAUCCACAAAUAUAUCAUUUACAGAUGCAAAACCAACAAAGACACAUAUGAUAUUAAAGAAAUUAAUAGAUUGCAACAAAAUACAGUAUAUUGUAAGUCAAAAUAUUGAUGGACUCCAUCUUAAAUCGGGGUUGUCGCGAAAAUAUAUAUCAGAAUUACAUGGUAACAUGUUUAUUGACGAGUGCAGUUUAUGUAAAAGGCAGUUCAUCCGUAGCAGUCCUGUAGAGACAGUUGGCAAGAAAUGCAGCGGAGUGCCCUGUGCAUCAGGACAUAAUGGUGGCAGGCCAUGCAGAGGUCGCUUGUAUGAUGGUGUAUUGGAUUGGGAACAUAGUUUGCCUGAAAAUGACUUGUUAAUGGCUGAAUGGCACUCUAGUAUUGCAGAUUUAAGUAUUUGUCUCGGCACCACAUUGCAAAUCAUUCCAAGUGGUAAUUUACCUUUGGAGACUGUGAAGUAUGGAGGGAAAUUAGUUAUAUGCAACUUGCAACCCACAAAACAUGACAACAAAGCAGAUCUCAUAAUAAAUUAUUAUGUAGAUGAUAUAUUAGAGAAAGUAAUGAAUAUAUUACAUUUAGAUAUACCACAGUAUAAUGAAGAUACAGAUCUAACAAAAUUAGCUUCCACAAAUAUUGUUGAAUGGACUAUUAAUAAAAAAGAUGUGCUCAUAUUAGAAAAAGUGUUCAAAGCAAAGUGUAAAGGUGUUAAAAAGAAAAAAAUAAUAAUAAAAAGUAAAAGAAAUAGCACAGAAACUAGUAAUAGUAUUGAAAAUGAUAAUUGUAAAGUAAUUAAGUUGGAAGUUAAAGAAGAAUGUGUAUGAAUUAAGUGAAGUAUGGUAACUUUAAGUUUUAAAUA